GUUCAUUUCAAUUAGAGGCUAGGCAUUCAUGAUGGAUGAUGGAAAUUGCCAGUUUACGUUCUGUGCGUCAGAGAGAGAUGCCUUGUUAGGGGACGUAGAUCAUUUCAACGAUUCUGCAAAUGGCUACAUCAACAAUGAUGCUGUCCAAGGAGAGACUAAAGUAGGAAGAUCUCCAAGUGAUAUAGGACCUGCAGAUAAACCACCUAAAGAUAGGUAUUUCUUUGUUUACAUAGUAUUCUACACAUUUGGCAUGUGCUCCGUUCUUCCAUGGAAUAUGUUCAUUACUGCUCAGAAUUACUUUGACUACAAGUUUGCAAACCAUGAUAGCAACACGUCAACCUCUAACGUCACAUUCCUUGAUAUGACGGCAGCUCCCAUCCCUCAGACACCAGCACCUCAAACAAAGACAGAACUGCAAGACAUGUAUGAAUCCUACUUCUCUAUAGCAGCACAAGUACCAAAUGUUGUUAUACAACUUGUAAAUGUUGGUAUCAAACACAAGGUAACUCUCAAAGUACGAAUGCUUACAUCACUGACUGGCAUGUUGGUUAUAUUUAUUUUCACCACUGUAUUAACCAGGGUUGACACCAAUGAUUGGGAGAAACAGUUUUUCUGGAUAACAUUAGCUAGUGUGGUUGUCAUCAAUUGUUUUAGUGCCAUAUUCCAAGGUAGUGUGUUUGGUCUAGGGGGAUUACUGCCAAAGAAAUACACACAAGCUCUCAUGGCUGGGCAAGGAUUAGGUGGAAUCGUUCCAGCAUUGGUCUCUAUCAUCUGUCUUGCAACUUUGAAAAACUACUCGUUAGUUGGAUUUGUAUAUUUCCUCAUCUCUGUUAUUUGCAUCAUCAUAACAUACGCUGCUUAUCUGGUCCUACCAAGGAAUCAGUUUGCUGAAUACUACCUCAAUAAACAAGCUUCUCCACGAACUGGAAUGAUAGAUGUCUCAGCAUCGUUUAGCAGUAGUUUUGAAGAGAAGAAGACACCCAAGCCCCCUUUUUUGAAAAUAUUAAGCCAGAUAUGGGUUGCAGGAUUAGGGGUAUUUCUAACAUUUGCUGUGACACUUGGUAACUUCCCUGGCGUAAUAUCACAGAUAGAAUCCAUGCAUCAGAGCGAAUGGACAGAUAUGUACUUCACACCGAUCUUCUGUUUUCUUCUUUUCAAUGCAUUGGAUUAUUUAGGUAGAUCUUUGUCAUUUAUUCAGCUGCCCAGCCAAAAUCACAUGGGAGUCGUGAGUUUGUUGGUCAUUCUUCGAUUAGGUUUUUUCCCUCUGUUUGCCCUGUGUAACGUUAGCCCUGAAUCCAGGGACUCGGAUGUGGUCUUUACCCAUGAUGCCUACCCUAUUGUCUUCAUGUUCUUCUUUGCCUUGUCCAAUGGUUAUCUAGGGUCACUCUGCAUGAUGUAUGGCCCAAAGUUUGUAAAGCCAGAGCACCAGGAGACUGCGGGAAACAUGAUGGCAUUCUUCUUGGUCUUAGGGUUGGCUACAGGAUCAGCUAUAUCAGUAUUGGUCAUUUAUGUUCUUUGAAAGGUCACAAUGGUCAUAGACAGACUGUACUGGAUACAGGGUGAUGUGAAGGCUGCAUUUUAGGAGAUAGACAUUGGAUAGAAACAGAUGAUUGAAUAUACAUGGUGCACAUAUAGAGAGACCAUCACAUGGAUGAUGCAUCUAGAUUGUUGCUAGAAGCUGGGGAGAGAAGAAGCACUGACUUUUGUUCAAGUGGAACAUCACUCUUUUUUUUUCCAUUUAUAUUUGAUAAAGAAAUGAAGGUUUAUGCCACCCCCCCCCCCCCCCCCCCGUUUCUGAAAUACAACUCCAUAGCUUAUAGCUUUCCACGUAGAUAUUUGUUUUCUUCAUCGAGUAGCAAAGAAAACCCUGUGUGUGAAGUUGCUUCCUAUUUUGAAAAUUGACAGAAUAGUUUUAAUAAGAUCAGGGGCAGUAUUAUGAGAGCUCAAUUUGUGCUGAACUAGCAUUUUGGUAUUUAAAGGUCAAGUCCACCCCAGAAAACUUGAACAAGUGUAACGCUGAGUUUCAUCAAAAUCGCAUAUGAAAUAAGAAAGUUAUAUGAUAUUUUAAAGUUUUGCUUAUUUUUCACAAAAGAGUUAUCUACACAAGAGAUUUGAUGAUGUCCUUCACUCACUAUUUCUUUCUGUUUUAUUCUUUGAGUUAUACAAUAUUACAAUUUUUACAGAUUUGCCAAUUAGGCCCAACUUGACUGGACCAUGAAAUGUGAAAGCAAUGGUAAUACCACAUGUUCAAGGAGGAAUAAGAAUUUGUUUCACAGGACAAUAAGGAGAAAAUUAGAAUAUUUCAUAUUUUAUAUAAUAAAAUACUAAAGAAAUAGUGAGUGGGUGACAUCAUCAGUCCCCUCAUUUGCAUACUGACCAGGAGUUGCAUAUAACUGUUUUUGUGAAAUUGAGCGUAACUUUAAAAUGUCAUAAUUUUCUUAUUUUUCAUCUGAUUUUGAUGAAAUUUUCAGUGUUAUGCUUGUUGGAUUUUUCUCUUUUUAUUCAAAUAAUUUUUUUUUUGGGGUGGACUUGUCCUUAAAGGUUCCUUUAAAAGGGAGCUUGCCUAAAUUGAGUUGAGCACUGGUAGAGUUUUCAGAAUACCAAUUUAAAGAUUUAUUAACACUCAUUGAAAUGUUCUACUUACAAGGAAAAUUCAAUGGAGCCUUACAAGAGUUUACAGAAUACCACCCCUGAACAAGUUUGUUCAGAAAAAAUGAAAACAUGUUUACUAUCUUUUUGUACUUUGAAAAUUGAAGAUCUUUGUUCUUUAUGUAUGGAGCCUUUACCUAAGUAUUAUGUCUUGCCAUUUAUAUCUUUAAUGAAUAAAACAAGUAUGAUGGGUUUAUAGGCAGAAACACACUUUCCUAACGUAGCAACUCAUUCGUUAUGAAUAUAUGGUCUUUGUUCAUUACACAUCUCUCUUUGAAUGUGAUCAUCGUUUAAUGUCACAAGGGGGAUCAGAUCUGAAGGGUAUUAUUUUUAAGGGGCUGGAGUUCAGCAAAUUGUGAGUUAAUAAUAUAUAGCAUUUAUUAGGCGCCGAUUUAUCUAGUUUCCCAUUCAAUGGCGCACCAUAUAUUACCCCGGCUGUAGCUCCAGCUGCUAAAGGCGCUUGAUGCAUUCAAGGAAUUAAUCCUGCCGGGUACCCAUUCACCUCACCUGGGUUGAGUGCAGCACAAUGUGGAUGAGAUUCGAAUCCACAUCCCUCUCAUUGAAAGACGAGAUUCGUAAAUACUAGACCCCCAGAUUAGAACUAAUUAAAGAAAUAUUUCAAAAUCUAUUGAAAACAUUCAGAAGUUUUAUAAAGUCUGUGCAGGACUGCACACAAAUACAAUUGAUGGGUGUUUUGAAUCAAAAGCCCUUUUUACAAUUAUAUCAUUCUGUUUAGUAUUCAAUUUCAUGUUUUUUUUAAUGUUUUAUUCAUUCACUUGUUGAAUUGAAUAUCAUUCCAUGUUAAGUUUGUUCUGCCAUCAUCUAUAAACUUUUCUAUUUACAGAAACUGUAGUUAGACAUCAUUAAUGUUUAUACUGUAUGGAGUGAGAAGGAUAUACAUGUGCUUUGUUCAUAAUAUUGAAAAUUGAAAUGUUGUUGUACUUGAAAUAUUUGUACUAUUGAAGUUUUGUUUGACUAUUAUAUUGAAUUUUGAUUAUGAAGGUGCAUAUGAUGUUUCAGUACUUUCAUUAUUUUCUCUUUGAUUAUACUUAAGUAGGUUUUGAGAUGUUGAUACCAUGUUGUUAUGUAUGUCCUGAUAAAAGAUCAAUACCAUGCUGAUCAUUAUUUUGGAAGACUGCUUUAGUCAUUUUGUAUAUUAGAGAAAAGGGAAUAGUCCCUACCCAACAUCGAAGUGACAUUAUCUGUGUGGCCAAUUUGAAAUUGUGAUUACAUCUUCUUUAAAUUCUUUUAAAACAACUCUUCAUUUGGGUUGGAUUCCCUUUAAAGAAACACUUUAUUUUGUAUUUGCUCUUCGGCACACCAAUAUUUGAUGAUUUGUCAAUUCCAUAGAGCAUUAAGUAAUGUGCUUAUGCAUACACAUGAAUCAGCUGCCUAAUUCAAAUAUAAAUUGUAAAUAUUAGCAAAACAAACUUCUCAGGAUAACAGUGUAAAAUUUAAGGCACAUUGUAGAAUAUAUGUAUAGAAAUUCAUCAAAAAGUAGAGAUGAGUAUUUAAUAUAAUAUAUAUAUAGAAUCCUCUCCUGUUUUAUUUUCAGCUCAAGAUGUAUAUGUAUAUUGGGCUUCACAUUACAUUUCUAUUGUUAAAAAGUUGCAAUAAUUUAUUUGUUAUUUUUGUUCAUAGAUGAUCAUUUCUUGAAGCUAAAUAUUUAAUUGACAAAUCAAAACCCUUGGAGCUAUAAAGGACAAUAAUACAAGUUUUAAGUAUCUUCACCGCUUGUCAGCCGAGUAUGUUACUCAAGAAAAACUCCCCCCAAAAAUUGUGCUUUUCAUCGGCCUGAAUUCUGUAACAUACCAUGUCAGAAGGGAUGAUUGCAAAGGGUCUUAUGCAAAAGAGUGAAUAUUUUCUUGAUUUCAGUCUUGAAUUUGCUAUUUUUCACAAAAAGAGGAUAACUCUUUCAAUAUCUAGUGCUUACAUGGAUGGAGACUUGCAGCUCUUGACCAUGUUCUAUUUUGAUACCUUUUUUUGGUCUUAUUAGGCCCAUAUUGCUAUAUCAGGAAAAGCAGUUGCAUACAAUCUGAAUACAGGUAGAGAUGGAAAGCUGCACCAAAUGAGCAGCAAAUACAACAUGGCAAAAAUAAAGCUGGAAGUCUUCCUCAUUUAAGGACAAAACGUCUUCAGUUUCAUAUUUUCCUCUGCAAAUUGUGAAAAAAAAACACAUACCUUUGUAUUUUAUGAUCCUAAAAGUUCAUCAAACUUGCUAAGUGUCACCAAUCGUUUAGUUGGUCAGAAUUUGAAAAAGUUUGAAAUUUCCUUUGCAAAUGUGUUGGCAUCCAAUUUGAUUGGACAGUGCUUCUCAAAUGAUAAGCAUGAUUUUUGUGUAGAAAUUUUGAUGCAUUGAAUAUGAAUGUUGAAUUUUGCAGAUUGUUUGCAUCUUCUAUGUUUUUCAUGAAAUUACACCUGUGAUGAUUAACCAAUGCAGAAAUUUCAUGAUUUAUACAACAAAUUGCACAUUGGCCAGACAAUAUAAUCUGAUAUUACAUUUCCAUCUUUUGCCUAUGUACCAUACUAUCUUAUUUUUAUACGCCCGUAUUAUGGUAUGGUAUCAUGCUCGGUGUCUGUCCGUCCAGUGGCAUAUUUAGGACAAUCAGUACCCAAAAAUUAUUGAUAUUUAGACCUGAAAUCGGGACAUUUAAGAGAGACGUAAUCCCACGAAGCGGAUCUAUAACUAAGCAAUUAUUGCAGGCACGAGCAAUGAGCUGAAUUUUUUUAUAUACUAACCUGAAAGGGGACAAUUAUAAGGAGUAUUCUUAGGAAUUCACGAACUUCCUAUAUGUACCUGUAUCUCAUUGGCGUAAUGCGUGCACGAAGCGCGAGCUGGUUUUGUUGGUAUGUCCUCUCCUAAAAAGAGACGAUUGUUUGUGAAAAUUAAUGAAGAGGGUUUGUAUCUAAUAUCAAAUCAGGGCGUGAUUAUAAGUCUUUGUUAACUAAACAAGAAAAAAGAGUAACAUACCAAAAUGCUUACCCGCAGCUAGAUAUGAAAAGUUAUAUGAUAUGGGAUUGAAAAAGAAAUAUUUUAAGGACUGUUUGUUGGAAUUCUUGGAAAGAAUAAGUAUAUCACUAAUAAAAAAUUGGCACUUAUUCAUCCUUGGGUAAAAACAGGCAAGCUUCAUUUUCUACAUGGGUUCGAAACUUCAUUACCAUGGUAAUAGCGUAGGACGGGGGUCUUCAGUGGUCUUCCUUUUCUGCGACUUUAUUCCUUAAGCUUGACUUUUCUGCAUACAAAAAAAAAGUGUCGCUAAGGCGAGCACAUAAUACGCCCGCCUGAAACGCAAAAAAAGUUGACCAUUUGGGUUCAUUUAUUGUUUUCCUUUUAUUUGUGCCCUCCCCCCAAAAGUGGCACCCAGGGCACAUGCCCCCUUUGCCCCUCCCUAGAUAUGCCACUGCAUCUGUCUGUCUGUCCAACUUUUCUUUGUCAAUGCGAUAACUUCAGUUUAACUUAACCUAGGCUCAUAUAAUUUGGUGUGUAUGAUACUAGCAUGAAUCCCAGGAAGCCUAAUGAUUUUGAGAUCAAAAGGUCAAGGUCACAGUGACAUGUUUUCAUCUUACCCUUCUGCAGUCCUUGUAAAAGCGAUAACUUCAUUUUAACUUAACCUAGGCUCAUAUAAUUUGGUGUGUAUGAUACUAGCAUUGAUCCCAGGAAGAAAGGUGAAGUCACCUUGCUUGACCAAUAACUCCUUUUUCCGUGUUACAGGCGGGCAUAUGUGCUUGCCUUAGCAACACUCAGUAGUAUGGAGGCUGCAGUACAAUCAUAUAUACAUAUAUACUCAUAAAACACAAAUGAGACGAUUGUUAAUGUAUAAAUAACUUUUUUAUUUACAAAAAGAGAAGAUAGUGCUUUCUUUAUUUCAUGCCUUAUUUUCUCUAAUGUGUUUAUACAAAUGUUUACAAGAAUUGUAUGCAAUAUAUUGAAUAAUAAAGAAUUUAGAUUAAAAUUUAUCUUGAACAAAAA